CGGGAAGCGGCGGGCUGGGGGCGGGCCCGCGAGCGCGUGUCCAUGUGGGCGCCGGCGCAGCGGGCGUGGAGCGCGGGGUCGCCAUGGCGGAGGUGCAGCAGCUGCGGGUGCAGGAGGCGGUGGACUCCAUGGUGAAGAGCCUGGAGCGCGAGAACAUCCGGAAGAUGCAGAGUGUCAUGUUCCGGUGCAGUGCCAGUUGCUGUGAGGACACCCAGGCGACCAUGCAGCAGGUGCACCAGUGCAUUGAGCGCUGCCAUGCACCACUGGCCCAAGCCCAGGCCCUGGUGACGGGGGAGCUGGAGAAAUUCCAGGACCGCCUGGCCCGGUGCACCAUGCAUUGCAACGACAAAGCCAAAGAUUCAAUGGACGCAGGGAAUAAAGAGCUUCAGGUGAAACGACAGCUGGAGAGUUGUGUGACCAAGUGUGUAGAUGACCACAUGCAUCUCAUCCCAACCAUGACCAAGAAGAUGAAAGAGUCUCUCUCAUCCAUUGCAAAAUAGAAGUCUGUGUCCCAGGCCAUGGAGACUAAGGGCAGGAGUCUCUUUGAAAGAGAGAAAUGGGAAUGUUGGUCUUUUUAAACCGUGUCAACAAAUGAAGAAAAAAAGGAAGGCAGCAAGUUUAAGACUGGUUACUUGCCUCCGGAUACUGGUUCCUUUAUUUUUCUAGUCUUAGAAGUGAAAAAGAAAAAAAAAAAUUGGUGCUUAAGUUUGGAUCAGAGAUAACACAGGAGACAUUUGAGAACCUAAAUAUCUGUGGCAACUGCUUGUCCUGGCUGUAGGAUCUCUCUACCAGACCAUAGUUCUCCAAUGUGCCAACUGCUUCUUACCACUCAGUUGGGUACCAGGAAGCUGGCAGGUUCCUCUCAUCUGCCAGUGAUCUGACAGAGAAUGAAGGAAAGUGUUUGUUCCAACCUCCUGUUGACCAUAAAGAUCACUACAUUGUUUUUUAUAAACCGGUAAAGCAAAAAUCCAUGAGGUCCCUAUUUAGG